CCACAGCUCAGUUCGCUGAGUCAGACUGUCGUCCAGCAACCCCGCACGACUAAUGAAAACCUGACUGAGAGCUGACUCUGCAGACUCCCCGAAAAGUCGUACAGAAAAGUUGACUGACCUGGUCGAGUCCUCCAGAAAGAGCUCGGGUGAGAUCCGAUUUGCUCCAGGCGGAAGAGCUGCAGGUCCCCAAGAAGAACCUCCCUCACUGGCCAACUAGCUGCAAAGAUGCAGGAGAAAGUGUUGUUCGCCCAGAGGAGAGCAGCAGUAGCUCUGUGCUUUGUGCUGCUCGUGCUGGCUCAGCAGGUGUGUGCAGGUCCGCUGGUCCCACAAGCCCAGUCCACCCCAGAGCGGGGGGCACAUUCAGGUGGGCUCCACACCCUGAGGAGGAUAGCCCGGAUGACCCCGCUGUGGAGGAUCAUGAACAGCAAACCAUUUGGAGCUUACUGCCAGAACCACUACGAAUGCUCCACAGGACUCUGCCGGGCGGGUCACUGCUCCACCAGCCACCGCGUCCCCUCAGAGACCGUCAACUACUAGACGUCCCGGGACACGAGCGGCGUGUUUACAUGAGAGUUCAGUCGUGAUCCUUCUCGGAGGUUCGUGCUUGGAUGUGACGCACUUAUCCAGGCUGAAAUAAGUUUUGUAUUUAUGUGCCUCAACACGUUUCUGAGGUUAUCUAAAUGUUUUUAUAAAUCACUCAGCAGGUAUCCAACAAAAGGCGAAGGUUCAACAGAGACAAAAAGAAAAAUAUAACUUAAAUUAACAUGAACGCGUGGAAGUUAGAGGAGUCAUUUAGCCUUUCAUACUUUGUUUUCCACAUUAGCAUAUCACUUCAGACUUUUUUUGGUUUUCAGCAACUGAAAGUACUUGCAGCCUUGAUCUCAAAGCGGAGGCUUUCUGAUUCAAAAUGGAAAAAGGCGACUGAGCUUUCAUUGUCAUCACAACAAACCCGACGGUGAGAUAAUGUUUUAAACACUGUUACUCACACAGUUUUAAAGAUGGACGGAGCCGUCCCUUUAAAAAGCUCCUGACCUUCACAUUUUUCAGAUCUCAUCAUGGCCGUCUCAUGUUGUGUCUGAUAACUUAUCGCUCCAGUGCAUCCUUAGGGCGACUAAUAAUCCCACUGCUAAGAGGAAUAAUUUGGUUUGGUUUGCUGCCAUCAGCUGACCUUUGAACGCCACAUGUGGUUUGGGAAUGUACAGCACAUGGUGUGUUUAGACUUCCAGAAACUUCAGUAAUUGCUGAGUUAUUGGUAGGCUUUAGAAACCCCAAACAACUCCAGGCAAAAAUAAAACAUGCACUUGUUUUCCCCGCAACAAAGCAACCAGAAAUGACUGAAACUGAAGAAGAUUAGACCUGCUGAGAUCACAGUCGACUGUCAGAGACAAAAAGUGUUCAAAAGAGGAAAAGCAAAGUUGGAAAAGCUUGUAAAAAAACAUGGAGAAAAGAAAACGAGCCGAGGUUACAAACUAUGGAUUCUUCAUAAAAGAUCUGAAGCAAGCAGAGCGUCUUGUCAAAACUUCCAAGAAUGAGAUUCAACUGCAAACAAAUCACAUUUUUCAUCAUGCAUGCAGCACUUUUCUGAUAUUUAUUUUAUCCUUUGUCAAAAAGUGUACCCAUUGCCAUCAUUUUAUUUAGUUUUUUUUUCUAAACAUAUAUAUAUACAUGUGUUUAUAUUUUAAUGGUUUGGUUUAGAGCAAUAAAUCAACCUGGCUGGACUUCAUGUCAGCUUUUCCAGAGGGAGAUUUUGAGUGUCUGCUUGCUCAGUCAAUCUUAAAAAUAAAUUUAAAAAAUAUUUCAGCUCAGCGUGCAAAUGUUAGGAACAGAUUUAUAAUCACAAGCUGCACAGCCUUGCUUUGUUUUGUUUUGGUUUGGUUUUUUUGCACAUCCAUCUCCUUGAACGGAUAAGCGACUGUGGAUUUGGACUCGGACUCGGACUCGUCUGCGUAGUUUUGCUUGGUGCACAGAGCAGGCGGUUGCUAAUAUUUUGCACGCUCAGCAUGUUUGAGAAAUGUUCGAGUAGGAUUGCACUUUCAGACCCAAAGUAUCUUUGUACUGUGUACUGUCCACUGUAUGUACUGUAUUACUCACAUGUGAACGAGUGGAAUAAAUCUUUGGAAAAACAAA